UACAGGGAUGACCAGAGACUGCAGACACAGUACAGGGAUGACCAGAGACUGCGGACACAGUACAGGGAUGACCAGAGACUGCGGACACGGUACAGGGAUGACCAGAGACUGCGGACACGUACAGGAGAUGACCAGAGACUGCGGACAUGGUACAGGAGAUGACCAGAGACUGCAGACACAGUACAGGGAUGACCAGAGACUGCAGACAGUACAGGGAUGACCAGAGACUGCAGACAUAGUACAGGGGAUGACCAGAGACUGCAGACACAGUACAGGAGAUGACCAGAGACUGCGGACAGUACAGGGGAUGACCAGAGACUGCGGACAG